CUCUCUGCAUUGCAGCACUAAAGAGGCUAAGAAGAUCGAGGAGCAGAAAAGCCUGUGUGGUACAUUGAGAUGACUAUCCAAUCAGACUGCUCCGAGUGCUGCUGAAACCAAUCAGAAACCUGCAGCUGAGGUUAAAGAUUGACAAAUGCAGAAGGAAGCAGAAGGGAGAGGAGGCCUUCUGGGAUACCUGGACCCAUUUUUUCCCUCAUUCCACAACGGCCUCUAUAAUUGAAAACAAUUAAAUCAAUGGGGGAAGAGUCUUUAUUGCGGCAGAGGAAGUGAAGACCAUUGACACUCUAACAGAGGAAAUGGAAAGCUCAACACGAUCUAAAGACACAGGGUCAACAGAGAGGGUGACCCAGAAACGAAAGAUGCCCAGUCCCUCUCACUCAUCCAAUGGUCAUUCUUCUGCUGACACUUCACCCAGCCCAGUGAAAAAGAAAAAGAAACCAGGUGCUGUUACCAGCAGCAAAGACCAGUCAGAACUAAGACAUGGUCCCUUUUACUAUGUGAAGCAGCCAGCACUCACAACAGACCCUGUUGAUGUUGUACCGCAGGAUGGCAGGAAUGACUUCUACUGCUGGCUGUGCCACCGCGAGGGUCAGGUGCUCUGCUGUGAGCUCUGCCCCAGGGUGUACCACGCCAAGUGCUUAAAACUACCAGCCGAGCCAGAAGGCGACUGGUUCUGUCCGGAGUGUGAGAAAAUAACAGUUGCCGAAUGUAUAGAGACUCAGAGCAAAGCCAUGAUGAUGCUGACAAUAGAACAGCUGUCUUAUCUACUUAAGUUUGCUCUUCAGAAGAUGAAACAACCAGGUGAUCAUCCCCGCUUGCCAUCUUGCUCUCCCCAUGCAGCUUCCACGCAGAGAAAGACUUUUAAUUGGACCGAGCUCUUCCAGAAACCUGUUUCUCUUGAGCAGCACCCAGAUUAUUCCGAAUACAUUUUUCACCCAAUGGAUCUUUGCACACUUGAAAAGAACGUCAAGAAGAAAAUGUACGGCUGCACAGAGGCCUUCUUGGCAGAUGCAAAGUGGAUUUUGCACAACUGCAUAAUAUACAACGGAGGAAAUCACAAACUGACAGCCACUGCUAAAGUUAUCGUUAAGAUCUGUGAACAUGAGAUGAAUGAGAUUGAAGUUUGUCCAGAGUGUUAUUUGUCUGCUUGCCAAAAGAGGGACAACUGGUUCUGUGAACCGUGUAGUAACCCGCAUCCUCUGGUGUGGGCUAAAUUGAAAGGAUUUCCCUUUUGGCCUGCUAAAGCUCUGCGAGAUAAAGAUGGCCAAGUGGACGCUCGCUUCUUUGGUCAGCAUGACAGGGCUUGGGUCCCUUUGAAUAACUGUUACCUCAUGUCUAAAGAGAUACCAUUCUCUGUGAAGAAGACUAAAAGCAUCUUCAACAGUGCCAUGCAAGAGAUGGAAGUCUAUGUGGAGAACAUGAGGAAGAAGUUUAGAGUUUUUAACUAUGCCCCUUUCAGGACUCCCUACAUUCCAGACGACAGCUUUCAAAUGCUGCAGGACCCUUCCGACCCCUUAUCCACUCCUGUCAAGUUUGAGAAACAGGAAAAGAUCAAGCUAAGCUUUGAUAUGACUGCAUCCCCAAAGAUCUCCCUAACCAGAACCGUGUUGUGUGGAAGUAGCAUUGGAGGGAUCACUGCUGGUCGUCGACUGCCUGGAGACAUGCCUCGAUCACCCAUGAGCACCAACUCUUCUGCCCAUACAGGUUCAGAUGGGGAGGACACAACAGACAAGUCCCAGAUUAAAGCCCCAAACAGCCACGGUAGUAUAGGAGAAGAGUUAAUAGACUCAACAGCAUCCACUGCUCAUUGUCUAUCCGGUCAUGCCCCCAAUUUGUUGGACAGCUCCAAACCUUUUCAAUCGCAAUCGCUUGGCAAUGCCAAACAGGAGAAGACAGGCAGCAUUCUGAACCUGAAUCUAGAUCGGAGUAAGGCAGAGAUGGACCUAAAAGAACUAAGUGAAACCGUUCAACAAAAGCUGGGAACCACGCCUGUUCUCACCUCUCCAAAAAGACAAAUCAAGAGUCGUUUCCAGUUGAAUUUGGACAAAACCAUUGAAAGUUGUAAGGCACAGCUUGGCAUCAACGAAAUCUCUGCUGAUGUGUACAAAGGUGUAGAACCCAGUGACUCCGACGACUCUGAUAAAUCGGAAUUGAGCGACAGUGAGUAUGCCAGUGAUGAGGGGCAAAAGGUCAAAGACCCCAAAGAUCCUUCGCCAGCUGAAGAACUCCAAAAGGAGACUAUGGACAAAGACCAACUAUCUCCAUGCCAUGUGGACAAACCCGAUGUUUCUAUCGUAUCGGACUCUGCAGCAGCGGAUGCUACUGCGACACCAUUAGAAGUUCAGACUGAAGACAAAGUAAGCACAGAGAAAGAGAGUCCAGAGAAGACCAAAUCUCCUGCAACGUCGCCUGUGUCUCGGGAGAAGAGUCAGGUGCAAGAAGAGGUCAAGCAACGUGUGCCUUUGGAGGAUUCCGAUUCAGAGAGGGAGCUGGUCAUUGACCUCGGGGAGGAACAAGGGACUAAGAAUAAGAGAAGACGCAGGAAAGACACCGUUAAAGAGUCAUCUGCUAGUAAACCAGAAGGUAAAUCCCUGACUCCCACGACACUCCCAUCUCAAAACAGCACAACCCCUUCCACACCCUCCAGUGUUUCCUCGCAGUCCCCCAUGGCCAUUCCAGUCACCAUGAUCUCCUUCACUCCAGCAAAUAUUAGCCUUGCCACUGUCUCCAGUGCCCCUGCAACCCCACCAUCUUCUUCCUCUUCCUCCUCAUUAUCCACCGCCCCGACAUUGAAAAAACAGCGCCCUCUGCUGCCAAGAGAGACUGCUGCGCCCGCGGCGCAGAAUCCCAAUGCAGUGUGGAAUUCCACUGUCAAGCUCCAGAGCCCCUCGCAGAAGUUGACCGCGCGUCAGCAACAGAGCCAGCAGCCUGUAGCGCCCCCACAAAUUCAAGCGUCGUCGCCCAGACAAGGCCAGACUCAAGCGUCCGACAACGGCUUAGUGUCUUCGUCUUCAGCCUCUUCACAAAGCACACGUUAUCAGACCAGACAGGCAAUUAAAGCUGUCCAUGUAAAGGACACAUCAUUGACUACAACAGCAGUCACCCUGGUGUCAAGUAGUGCCGCCUUAGCAACAUCAUCUUCAUCGACGUCGGUCGAAAGCGAGCAAUAUAUCUCGACAGCCUCAGCGGAUGUUGCAGCAGAUAUUGCCAAGUACACAAACAAAAUAAUGGAUGCAAUCAAAGGUACAGUGACUGAAAUCUACAGUGAUCUUUCAAAGAGCUCUUCAGGAAACACUCUGACUGAGAUGAGACGACUGAGAAUUGAAAUUGAAAAAUUACAGUGGCUACAUCAGCAGGAGUUGGCAGAGAUGAAGCACAAUCUUGAGCUUACAAUGGCUGAGAUGAGGCAAAGUCUGGAGCAGGAAAGAGAGCGACUGGUGACGGAGGUGAAGAAGCAGAUGGAGCUGGAGAAGCAACAAGCGGUGGAUGAAACCAAGAAGAAACAAUGGUGCGCUAACUGCCGAAAAGAGGCCAUCUUCUACUGCUGCUGGAACACCAGCUACUGUGACUACCCCUGUCAGCAGGCCCACUGGCCAGAACACAUGAAGUCCUGCACUCAGUCAGCCACAGCGCCACAGCAAGAACCCGAGGCUGAGUCGACGGCAGAUUUGCCAGGCAAGAUCGCGGUACAAGCGGCAAACGGUGGACCAAACAAUCAGCGAGACACCCCGGCCUCUGCGCCGUCGGAUAAAGACUGCGAGACGGAAAACAGCGGUGACAAUGUCGCCGUCACUUUGUCUUAACCGUGAUCAAUAUACAAACCCCGUUUCCAUGAGUUGGGAAAUUGUGUUAGAUGUAAAUAUAAACGGAAUACAAUGAUUUGCAAAUCCUUUUCAACCCAUAUUCAAUUGAAUGCACUACAAAGACAAAAUAUUUGAUGUUCAAACUCAUACUUUAUUUUUUUUUUUGCAAAUAAUAAUUAACUUAGAAUUUCAUGGCUGCAACACGUGCCAAAGUAGUUGGGAAAGGGCAUGUUCACCACUGUGUUACAUGGCCUUUCCUUUUAACAACACUCAGUAAACGUUUGGGAACUGAGGAGACACAUUUUUUAAGCUUCUCAGGUGGAAUUCUUUCCCAUUCUUGCUUGAUGUACAGCUUAAGUUGUUCAACAGUCCGGUGGUCUCCGUUGUGGUAUUUUAGGCUUCAUAAUGCGCCACACAUUUUCAAUGGGAGACAGGUCUGGACUACAGGCAGGCCAGUCUAGUACCCGCACUCUUUUACUAUGAAGCCACGUUGAUGUAACACGUGGCUUGGCAUUGUCUUGCUGAAAUAAGCAGGGGCGUCCAUGGUAACGUUGCUUGUAUGGCAACAUAUGUUGCUCCUAAACCUGUAUGUACCUUUCAGCAUUAAUGGCGCCUUCACAGAUGUGUAAGUUACCCAUGUCUUGGGCACUAAUACACCCCCAUACCAUCACAGAUGCUGGCUUUUCAACUUUGCGCCUAUAACAAUCCAGAUGGUUCUUUUCCUCUUUGGUCCAGAGGACACGACGUCCAGUUUCCAAAAACAAUUUGAAAUGUGGACUCGUCAGACCACAGAACACUUUUCCACUUUGUAUCAGUCUAUCUUAGAUGAGCUCAGGCCCAGCGAAGCCGACUGCGUUUCUGGGUGUUGUUGAUAAACGGUUUUCGCCUUGCAUAGGAGAGUUUUAACUUGCACUUACAGAUGUAGCGACCAACUGUAGUUACUGACAGUGGGUUUCUGAAGUGUUCCUGAGCCCAUGUGGUGACAUCCUUUACACACUGGUGUCGCUUGUUGAUGCAGUACAGCCUGAGGGAUCGAAGGUCACGGGCUUAGCUGCUUACGUGCAGUGAUUUCUCCAGAUUCUCUGAACCCUUUGAUGAUAUUACGCACCGUAGAUGGUGAAAUCCCUCAAUUCCUUGCAAUAGCUGGUUGAGGAAGGUUUUUCUUAAACUGUUCAACAAUUUGCUCACGCAUUUGUUGACAAAGUGUUGACCCUCGCCCCAUCCUUGUUUGUGAAUGACUGAGCAUUUCAUGGAAUCUACUUUCAUACCCAAUCAUGGCACCCACCUGUUCCCAAUUUGCCUGUUCACCUGUGGGAUGUUCCAAAUAAGUGUUUGAUGAGCAUUCCUCAACUUUAUCAGUAUUUAUUGCCACCUUUCCCAACUUCUUUGUCAUGUGUUGCUGGCAUCAAAUUCUAAAGUUAAUCAUUAUUUGCAAAAAAAAAAAAUGUUUAUCAGUUUCAACAUCAAAUAUGUUGUCUUUGUAGCAUAU